GAACCGCUCAGUGCAAUAAAUUUAGUUCUAAAAGAAAGAACAAUUUCGUUAAUUAAUUAUUAAAAGCUUGAGUUAAAAAAAUGUUAAUUUUCGUGGCAUUAUCAUUUUUGUUUGUGAUAACUAGUAGUCAAGGUCCUCCAGAUCCUUCUAAUGAUGCAGCGGUGGCUAGAUAUGUUAUUCACAAUUCGGAUUGGGCUUCUAUGGCCACAAUAUCCACAUUAAAUGCAACUCUUAAUUACCCGUUUGUUAGUGUGAAAUCGAUGGCUGAUGGUCCGUCGUCAAAUGGAACAGGGGUGCCAUACUUUUACAUAACGCCACGUGAAGUGUCCGGCCAAGAUAUACAAAGAGACAACCGAGUUACAAUCAUGGCAACACUUGCACAAUCUGAUUAUUGUGCACAACAAUCCUUAGAUCCUCAAAGUCCUCGUUGUCCCAGAGCUAUUAUAAGCGGAAGAUUAGUGGAGAUUCCCCAGAAUGCUUCCGAUUAUCAGUUUGCUAGAGAUUCAUUGUUUUCUAGACAUCCAGGAAUGGAUUCGUGGCCAGCAGCACUUCGCUUUUACGUAGCCAAAUUAAAUAUCGAACAAGUUUUGGUUUGGGCUCAAGUUGGCAGAAUGAGAAAUGUACCACUCAGCGACUACUUCAACCCUCCCGCAUAGUUUUCUGAUCGAAUCGAAACCUUUUUCAACAAUAUUAAAUAAUAAUAGUCAGCAAUGUAUUUUAAUAUUAUUUCCAUUUUAGUAGUACCCAAAGGGUUUUAGAUAAAAUAAACACCGCUUCUUCUCGAACAAA